AUGCCCAACUGGCCUGAGAACAACCACGCCGCCGUUCUCCGCAUCGAACCCGAGUUUCGUGUGGGUCGCAGCUUUCACAUCCGGCGCCUUGAUGUCGGGGAUGUCAUCAAUAUAGAUAUGAUGGCGAUAUGGCUUCAGCACCCUGGGCAGAUGGUCUAUGACACGAAGAGCGUGAAGAAGGGGGAGUGCGGGUUAUGUCGUUCGAAAGGAGAGACGGCGCUGAUAUCUCUCCGCUGCGAAAAGGUGGAUGCGGAACGAUCCGUUGGUGGGUAUUACAUGUUCCAGUGCAACUUUGUUGGAGUCGCUGAGUCGUGUAACGAUGCAUGA